AUGCAGUACCACCAUAGGGCUUAUCAGCAUGAGAACGGGAGUGUGAAUUGUCCAAGUUCUGCUGUGUGCUGUUUGUCCUUCCUUUCCCUUUCUUUUCUGGAUGACUUCUUUUCACUUGAAGCUGAGAAAGGAACUGUGAUGUACAGAAUAUGCUGUAGAAUGAAAAAGUAAUAUUGAAAACUAUUUCCUUUGCUUCUUGAAUGACAGACACGCUAAAUCGUGAAUGAAAUUGUGGUAUGCUAAGCCAAAAAGGAAGAUGAGUUCCUUGGUAGUUAGAACCAUAUUUAGACCUUCCUAAGAUGGAACUUCUGACUAAUGUUACAUGGAAAUACAGAGGGGCUGUCUACUGAAUUGUUAUUUCUCAAGCUGUCAGUAGAUGGCAGGAACAAGUUUGAUACAAAGUAAAGGUGUUUCUCAGUAUUGUUACAGAACAGGAUGGAAGUUUUCUCUUUGUCUUUUCCUGAACACAUUUUCUGCUUUGUAGGAGAGCAGGGAUUUCGGGAUUAGAACAAAGAUGGAUGUAUAAGUAUUGAGCAUCUCCAAGGAACCAUAAGGCAGUAUGGCAAGGAAUACGAGAUAUCUGAAGAACUUUUUUAUUUACAACCAUCUGUUUUCAUUCACUUUUUGGAGCAAUAUUGGCCUGGCUAUGAAAAAUGAACUCUUUACAUCUGUUCCUAACAAUUUUCUAGAAGACAGUCCGGACAAAAAUAUCUACAGUCCACCCUCAUAUACAAAUAAUCAGCAGUCUGAAGCUAAUGUAGGUUGGGUUGUGAUAGAAAAUACUACGGAAAGCCUAUCAUUGUCAGAAAUCACAGAUGGCGAUGCAAGAAAAUUAAUAAUCUUAUUACAUAAUUUUAGAAAAGGCUCCAGGCUACAAAAUCUGACACUGACAAAUAUGUCAGUGGAUUGGAAAGAUUUUAUUGAAGUCCUUCAGGCUGUAUGGUACUCAUCCAUUAAAUACUUCAAUAUCAACAACAUAACGCAACAGGGGGAAGUCACAAGUUCUCACUUUGACUAUUCAGACACUUCCUUGAAAGCAUUUACAGUGAAUAAGGUUUUAAUCACAGAUAUGUACUUUUCACAGGAUGACAUUUAUAACAUAUUUGCAAACAUGAACAUUGCAGCCUUGACAAUAGCUGAAUCUGAGUUAAUUCAUAUGGUGUGUCCUUCAUCUGACAGUCCCUUUAGAUACAUAAAUUUCGCAAAGAAUGAUUUAACAGAUCUGCUUUUUCAGAACUGUGACAAACUAAUUCAACUGGAGACAUUUAUUUUGCAUAGGAAUAAAUUUGAGAGCCUUUCCAAGGUGAGCCUCAUGACCAGCCAUAUGAGAUCACUGAGGUAUCUGGACAUGAGCAGCAACUUGCUGCGUAACGGUAGAGCUGAGGUGCGCUGCCAGUGGACUGAUUCUCUGUCAGAGCUGGACCUGUCCUCCAACCAGUUGACAGAGUCCGUGUUUGAGUGCUUGCCCGUCAAUAAUCAACUGGACCUUCAGAACAACCAGAUUGCCAGCAUCCCCAAGGGCAUUGCUGAGCUGCAGUCGUUGCAGGAGCUGAACCUGGCAUCCAACAGGCUGGCUGACCUGCCAGGGUGCGGGGCCUUUACUGGCCUGGAGAUCCUGAACAUAGAGAGGAAUUUGAUCCUCACCCCAUCUGCUCACUUCUUUGAGAGCUGCCCGAGCAUGAAGGAGCUACAAGCUGGGCAAAACCCGUUCAAGUGUUCGUGUGAGCUGCAGGACUUCCUGCGCCUGGAAAGGCAGUCUGGGGGCAAGCUGUCCGGCUGGCCAGCGGCGUACGUGUGCAAGUACCCUGAAGACUUGAGCGGAACGCAGCUGAAGGACUUCCACUUGACCGAGCUGGCUUGUAACACAACUCUGCUGCUCGUGACAGCUCUACUAGUGACCCUGGUGCUGGUGGCUGUGGUGGCCUUUCUGUGCAUCUACCUGGAUGUGCCGUGGUACGUGCGGAUGCUGUGGCAGUGGACGCAAACAAAGCGGAGAGCUUGGCACGACUGCCCUGAGGAGCGGGAAACCGCUCUGCAGUUUCAUGCCUUCAUUUCCUACAGUGAACGCGAUUCGUUAUGGGUGAAGAACGAGCUGAUCCCCAAUUUGGAGAAGGGGGAAGGCAGCAUCCGGCUGUGCCAGCACGAGAGGAACUUCAUCCCUGGCAAAAGCAUUGUGGAGAAUAUCAUUAAUUGCAUUGAGAAGAGCUAGUCCAUCUUUGUGUUGUCCCCCAACUUUGUGCAGAGCGAGUGGUGUCACUACGAGCUGUACUUUGCCCAUCACAAGUUGUUCAGUGAGAACUUCAACAGUUUAAUCCUGAUCCCUUCUUUCCUUUUCAUGCUGGAAAAGCCGCCAUUCCCUUCAUAUGUUAUCCCUGCGAGGUACCACAAGCUGAAGGUUCUCAUGGCAAAGAGAACCUACCUGGAGUGGCCAAAGGAGAGGAGCAAGCGUGCCCUUUUCUGGGCUAACCUAAGGGCGGCUAUUAGCAUUAAGCUUCAACCUUCCUUUGAAACAGACGAGGAGCAAAGUGAUGCCACACUUUCUAGUAGCAUAACCCAACCUCUGAUUAAGUGACUUGACUAUCUUGCAUUAGGUUUCGCUAAUCAGAGUUCUUUAGGUUUUCUACAGUAUUUUUAGGUCCUCACAAAAUGCUGUGAAACCUUCCUAAAUUGCUGUUACUUAUUUUAGUCGUGCAAGUAGUCAGAAGUUUUGUUAUUAUCACAUAAUGAAUGAAAGAGAAAUUUUCCUAGUGACUGAACUUAUUUUUUCAACUCACGUUGCUUUGAUUUUGGAUGCAUUCCAUUGAUUCCAACCAUACUUGAAAGUAAUAAAGAUAUUUAUUCAUUGCCAUCAGGAAUAUUAAUGUUGUGCACUUAAUCUUUGCUCUGAUGAGGAUGUUGUGGAGUAAAUGUGGUAGGGAUUGUUUUCCUUCAGACUUAAAUAAAUAAUACAAACAAGAAGAAAACUCUUAUUUAUAACUGUUUGUAAGCCAGUAUAAUAGAUGUCAGGGGUAUUAGCAUCUCUACACCUUCAGACCUGCCUGGUGGUUACCCCAGGUCUGUGUUCAUUUCUGGCAAGUUUUUUCCCUUAGGCAGAGACAGAGACUGUCCUGGGUAAAAGCUGGAAGUUGGAGUCAUAAUACCUGUUUAAUAUCCAUCGUACUUCACUGUGCCCUACAUUGCCAUUUGCCUUCAUUUACCCAUUAAGUUAUGAUUUCAUGGAAUUCACCACUGAUAGUCUUCAAAAUAACAGUUAAUAUCUGAAUUUAUGAUUUUUAAUACUAUUAAAAUAUUCUUGUUUCUACUGUAUUCAUAUCAAGCUGUAUUAUUUGUUUAGCUUUUCUGGACUAUAGUUAUAUACACCUCAAUCAUAUUUUCUUAUCAUGAGCUCUUUCAGCUUUGAGUGCAAGAAAACAAAAAGAAGAUGCCUCAGUCUAUUACCAUUUAAUUACAAAAAGUUCUCUCAGUUGCACCACUGUCUGUCAAAUUAUACAAUAUAUCUUCUUGCUCUCUCUGCAGCUGUUAGGAAGCAACCAACUUUGUAAUGUAGUUUUGUAGGUAUCAAGGAGUAUGUCACAUGGUAAUAUUGCAGGAAAACCCCUAUUAUUUAUAGGAAGCUGGUAAUGCUGCACGUGAACAAUAGGAAGCAGAACUUGCACAACCAUUGAGAAAGAACCGCAUUACCAGAACUGUCACUGAAAUAGGUCAUUUCUUGUUUAAACUCAGAAGACUGAUAUUGUGGGGUAAAUCAUUAUUUAUAGGAGGCAUCAAAACACUUGCUAUGUGUGACUUUAAUAUGACAACCUAAUAAAUGCCUCAUCUUUUAAUGUUCUUAA